UGCCAUGUCUACUUCCCGCAUCGUUUUCCGUCGUCGCCCCUAGGAAAAAGAUUAAAAAAACAGACGUCUCCCGCCUUCUCCUCUCCCCCUCUUGCCGGCGCCCGGCGACCAAUCGAGACCGGCCGAUGGCAGCGACGGCGGCGCGGCCCCGCCUCCUCGCCCGCUUCGUCCACUUCUCUGCGGCGCUGUCCAGGACGGCGCCGCGGUCCUUGCGAGGUCUCCGCGCGCUGUGCUCGCUCUCCACGACGCUGCGGUCCGGCGCCGGCGAGGACGAGAUUGAGCGCAUCCGCCGCGAGUUCGAGGACGCCAAGCGCAACUACCUCAACAUCCCCGUCGCCAUAAAGGACAUGCCCAAGAUGAACCCGCAAGGCAUUUACGUGAACAAGAACGUCAAGCUGGAUGACCUGCAAGUCUACGGCUUCGACUAUGACUACACGCUGUCGCACUACUCCGAACACCUGCAGUGCUUGAUCUAUGAUCUUGCCAAGAAGCACUUAGUUAAUGAGUUGAAGUAUCCAGAGAGUUGCUUGCAGUACGAGUACGAUGGCACCUUCCCCAUCAGGGGCCUUUACUAUGACAAACUAAAAGGGUGCCUUCUGAAGCUUGAUUUUUUCGGCUCUAUUGAAUCAGAUGGUUGCUUCUUUGGGCGGCGAAAGCUGAGUUUGAGUGAGAUAAAAGAGCUCUACGGCACACGGCAUAUUGGCAGAGAUCAAGCUCGUCAACUUGUUGGGCUGAUGGAUGUCUUCUGUUUUAGUGAGGCAUGUCUCAUUGCUGAUAUUGUUCAGCACUUUGUAGAUGCCAAGCUGGAGUUUGAUGCCUCUUAUGUAUAUGAGGAUGUAAACAAAUCGAUUCAGCAUGUCCACAGAAGUGGUUUAAUUCACAGGAAAAUCCUUUCUGAGCCUCAUAAAUUUCUGAUAAAAAAAAGCCAGGUGUUCCGUUUCUUAAAGAUGCUAAGAGAGAAGGGAAAAAAGCUAUUUCUUCUGACAAAUUCACCUUUCUACUUUGUAGAUGGAGGGAUGCGUUAUUUGCUAGAGGACCAGCAUUUUGAUGGGAAUUCCUGGAAGGAGCUCUUUGAUGUUGUGAUUGCGCAGGCAAAUAAACCAACUUUCUAUAACUCAGAUCACCCGUUCAGGAUAUAUGACACUCAAAAGGAUACCUUAGCUUUUACCGCAGUUGACAAGUUUCUGCCAGAUCAAGUAUACUACCACGGCUGUUUGAAAUCAUUUCUACAGAUCACAAAGUGGAGAGGUUCAGAGGUGAUAUACUUUGGUGAUCAUCUUUUUAGUGACUUGAGAGGACCUUCAAAAGCUGGUUGGCGAACAGCUGCUGUAAUUCGCGAACUUGAGGAUGAAAUAGAAAUCCAGAACAGCGACAACUACCGCGUCCAACAGGCAAAAUUGAGUAUAAUACAUGAUCUACUUGGGAAAGUCCAUGCAACUGUGGUUAGCACUGAGAAAGGCCAAGUUUACAGAGCAUUACUUGAUGAGUUGAAUGCAGAAAGGCGACAAUGUCGAUCUGGGAUGCGAGAUCUGUUCAAUAUGUCUUUCGGUGCAACAUUCCUUACAGACACUGGAAGGGAAUCAUCAUUUGCCUAUCACAUUCAUCAAUACGCAGAUAUUUACACCAGCAAGCUCGAGAACUUCUUAUCAUAUGCCCCUGAAUCAUGGCUUCAUCCACCUCAUGACAUAAAGAUCAUGCCACACAAUGCGAAGGUCCCAGCAAGCUUGUUCAGUGCCUCGUAGUUUUAUUCUAUCCAUUUCUGGUGGAGAAACAUGUGGUAGUACCAUCAUGGUUUCUGUGUGCGACCACGAAAGCGGGGGCUGUGGACUGACUGCUGCAUUCGCUUUGGUUAUGAUCAAAGCACCAUAGGAUGCAUGAAUCCUACAGACAAGGCAGCAAGUCAAUAGUCAUUCUUCUGACUCGCGGCAGAAAUUGUGGCCACGUUAGUAGGUGACUCUUGUUGCUUUAUUAAGAAGCUUUUAUCUAGAAGCUGCUUUCAUUUGUUUGAACUAUAUGGGUAUUCUAAAGAGUAAAGAUACCUAGAAAACGUAACGAUCUUAGAUGGUCGUCAAUAAAAGUGUUGGCCACUACCCAUCUCAUUUCUCCAUUUUGUUCCCAUUCUGGAAGAUGUGUAACAAGCAGCGACCAAUAGUUACAAUAGUUUUCAUUGAUUGGUUGAGUU